GGCACACAAAAACCACAACACUUCACAAAACUGUCAUUUCUCAAAUAACAUCCAUUACAUGGUGCGUGACAAAAUACAGGAAUACGUGUCACUUGGAAUAACCUCAGUUCCUUUCCUGAAGAAGGUACUGAAAACGUUUGUCCAGAAAGAGCUUUCAGAAAUGGGAAGCAUUCUACCACAUCCACAAGACCCAUCGUACUACCCUUCAAGCCAUGUUAUCCAAAACCAUGUGCAUCAAGCCUUAGUUUGUGGAAAAUAUUCUGGCUUUGAUCAACUGCAGGUAGAAAAAAAAAUUGAUGAAUGGAAAUUAACAGAUCCAAAUGCCAAGUUUUUCUUUCGGAAAUGUACAGAAAACAACAUCAAGCAGACAGUUCUGAAGUUUGAAGUGAAAGCAGAAGAACAAGGGUUUCCCGUCUCUGAAGACUCUGAUUUGGAGGGUAACAUCACACAGGAGAUAACAUCUUCACAAGAAACUUUCUUGUUUAUUCAUCAGAAUGCACAACAACAGGAAUUACUUAAGCGUUAUGGAGAUAUGGUCCUUCUUGAUGCUACUUACAGAACAACCAAAUAUGCAUUGCCCUUGUUUCUUCUUGUUGUUCGGACAAAUGUUGGAUACAAGCCUAUUGCUGAGUUUAUAUGUGAAAAUGAGACAACUGCUGCAAUAACCGAAGCCCUUAACAUCUUGAAACAGUGGAAUCAGCAUUGGGAGCCAAAAUACUUCAUGCUUGAUUACUCACAACAAGAAUAUCAAGCUUUGAAACAUGUAUUUCCAAAUUCUCAGAACUAUCUAUGCUCAUUCCAUCGUGAGCAAGCUUGGAUGCGAUGGACAAGGCAAGAGGUGGUGUAGGGCCUAUGCACCGCAUGGAUUCUCUGUGGCAGUUACCACCAACAAUGGAGUUGAGGCACUCAAUAAAUCAUUGAAGAGCUUCUACCUCAAAUUUUCUGGCACAGGAAGUCUGUCAUCUCUGCUUGAAACUCUAGUAUGUGAGUUUGUCCCAGAGCAGUUGCUGUCAUACAGUAGACUCAACUUCAUCUACAGUAGUGAAUGCAAGACUUACAAUCCAGCUGUUCCAGCAUUCCUGAAAGACAGACCAAGAAGUUUUGUCAAACAUUGCUUGAACAGUAUCAAGGCAGCUUCCAGCUAUUCCAAAGAACACGUAGAGGUGCUUGGAAAGGAAUCUUUUAAGGUCAAGAGUGAGACAACUUCUGCAUGGUACAAAGUAGAACUUGGUGACUCUGAAAAAUACCCAUCAUGUGAAUGUGUCCUCUUCAAAACAACGUUCUUACCAUGCAAGCAUUUCUUUGCCAUUUUUAGGCACACUGACAAAACGUGGGUUGAUCUUAGCCCAGAGUACUGUCAAAACCCAUAUGUAACUCUGGAUUUCAAUGUUGCUUUAACACAAGAUCCCCAGAGCAAUGAAAUCAGCAAUCAAGAAAACCUCUGCUUUGAUGUUUUUGAUAGUCCUGUACCAUGCACGGGGAAGCAGAAAGUAAGUAGUAAGUCACAGUCAUCAGGUUUAGCAGGCGAUCAGUGGCAUCUAUGUGAAGAGCUCAAGACUUUGCACGACAUUUCAUAUAUUUGCACUGAUAAAUAAGCUAU